GCUCUGUGCCAGAUGACAACGGAGAGAGGCUCCUCUAGUUCUUAGACAGGAGGACAAAGCCUGAGUUUGAGAGCAGUGUGUGCUAGAGGAAAAAGCUGCAGGCUGGAAAGGCAGAGCUCUCUCAACCAUCACCCAUGGUAGAUUUAUGCUUGAAACCAAGGCUGUGGCUUUGGGAUAAACAAAAAUACACCUUUGGGGUGUUAAUACUGUGAACCCCUCCAUCCUAGACUCAGGUUAUAUAUUUGUAUAAAGAAACCAUAUAUCCUAAAGAAACCAUAGUUUCCCCUGUGUAUCAUUUCCAAAAGUUAAAAUGAACCCUGGGUAAGCACUUGGAAUCUCACCCCCCUCAGAGAUUGGAGAGGUAUGCAACAAUAGGCUUUGCAACAUGAGACUAUUGAGGGUGCUGCCCAUGGAGUUAUGGGGUGCGCUAAGGUUAUUUGUUAAAGUACAGCAAUGCAGUUAAAAAACAAAAAACUUAAAUGAAGCUUUUAACUUAAAAACAAACAAAAAUGUUAAAACAAAGUGGAUUUUAAAGCUGUGCUUUAAAACAAAAAAACACCAAAUAAUCCCAAACUCUCCAAUGCUCUGCAAGCAGCAUUUUAGACAGUCCCACUUCUUGCAAAGCCCACUGGACCUAUUGAAACAGAUUUGUGUGUAUGUGAAUGUGGGAGAAAGGAGACAUGGAUCACUCCAAUUUGUCUUGGUGCACACCCUUAUUAGAUGGCAAUGUGCUUCCUUCAAAAUGUGGGAGCAGCUCAACCACUUUUCAUGAUGGCUUCAGACCACCAAGCAUCAAAACAGCAGCAAGCCAGUUCCAAGAUUGUCGUCUUCGAGCAGGAGAAUUUCCAGGGUCGCUGCCAUGAGCUGAAUGUGGCUUGUCCCAAUUUGAAGGAGGUUGGGCUAGAGAAAGUGGGCUCCAUCCUGGUGCAUUCAGGCCCAUGGGUUGGCUAUGAGCAGGUGAACUGCAAAGGGGAGCAAUUUGUCUUUGAGAAAGGAGAAUAUCCCCGCUGGGACUCGUGGACCAACAGCCGGAGGAGCGACAGCAUCUCUGCCUUGAGGCCCAUCAAAGUGGACAGCCAGGAGCACAAGAUCGUCCUCUAUGAGAACCCCAGCUUCACGGGAAAGAAGAUAGAGAUCAUCGAUGAUGACGUGCCCAGUUUCCAUGCCCAUGGCUACCAGGAGAAGGUGUCCUCUGUGCGCGUCCAGAGUGGCACAUGGGUGGGAUACCAGUAUCCUGGCUACCGAGGCUACCAAUACCUCUUUGAGAAGGGGGACUAUAAGGACAGCGCUGAGUUUGGUGCUCAGCAGCCCCAGAUCCAGUCGGUGCGGCGAAUCCGGGACAUGCAGUGGCAUCAGAGGGGGGCCUUCCAUCCUGCCAGCUAAGCCUCCCACUCCCCUUCGCUGCUGCCUCCAGACUGGGGAGGGGGUGAGAGUGUGCUCUGAGAGAGCCAGCAAGGGCCCUGACCUGGUCAUCUACCCCCUCCCCACCAGCUGGGGCCGCCUCUUCUGCACGCUCAUGUGUGUGAGUAACUGUUCUUGCUACUGCUGCCAUCACCAUGGAAUUGCCUGAAUAAAGCUUUGCCAUUCGAA